AUGUCUCGAUCCGGUAACAAGAAGCCCGUCGGUUUCGCCACCCACAUCACCGCUGGAGGGAUCGCAGGCGCAUGCGAGGCUUUGGUAUGCCAGCCGCUCGAUACCAUCAAAGUUCGUAUGCAGCUCUCGAAGUCGGGGCGCGCACCAGGGACGAAACCCAGAGGGUUUUUAGCGACUGGUUCCUACAUCGUACGGCGUGAAACGCCCCUCGCGUUGUACAAGGGUCUCGGAGCAGUGUUGUCGGGAAUCGUGCCGAAGAUGGCCAUUCGGUUCGCAAGUUUUGAAGCGUACAAAGGAUGGUUAGCGGAUAAAGAGACCGGGAAGACAAGCGUCGGGAUGAUCUUCAUUGCUGGUUUGGGUGCUGGAACGACGGAAGCCGUCGCUAUUGUGACGCCAAUGGAGGUUGUCAAGAUCCGAUUGCAGGCUCAGCAACACUCUUUAGCUGACCCGCUGGAGGCUCCACGAUACCGAAAUGCAGGACAUGCGGUCUAUACCAUUAUUCGCGAAGAGGGGUUUUCAGCGUUAUAUCGUGGCGUUUCUCUUACUGCCCUAAGACAGGCCACCAAUCAGGGCGCGAAUUUCACGGCAUACCAGGAGAUCAAGAAGCUCGCGCACAAAUGGCAACCUGAGCUCGUCGAUUUACCUUCAUAUCAACAUAUGGUCAUUGGUCUCAUCUCUGGUGCUAUGGGACCCUUUUCAAAUGCUCCCAUCGAUACUAUAAAGACGCGUCUACAAAAGGCUCCUGCCAUACCAGGGCAAUCAGCAUUCCAACGCAUCUUUGCGAUAGCAUCGGACAUGUGGAAAAUCGAGGGUGUGAGUUCAUUCUACAAAGGUAUAACACCCCGCGUGUUGCGCGUCGCGCCUGGGCAGGCCAUCGUAUUCGCUGUGUACGAAAGGGUGAGCACCGUCAUUGAGAAUAUCAAGCCUCGGGUACAGGAGGACGAUGGGUACGCUGAGUAA